AUGGCGAAGGCGACAGCCGGCACCGCGGGGUUGCGGUGGCUGCUGCUGCUGCUGCCGAUGCUCAGCGAAGCCCCGCUGGGACUCUACUUCUCCAGGGACGCUUACUGGGAGAAGCUGUACGUGGACCAGCCAGCUGGAAUGCCCCUGCUCUAUGUCCACGCCCUGCGUGACGUCCCCGAUGAGGUGCCCAGCUUCCGCUUGGGCCAGCACCUCUACAGCGCCUAUCGAAAACGGCUGCACGAGAACAACUGGAUUCGCAUCCAGGAGGACACGGGCCUUCUCUACCUUAACUGGAGCCUAGACCACAGCUCCUGGGAGAAGCUCAGCAUCCGCAAUGGAGGCUUUCCCCUGCUGACCGUCUACCUCCAGGUCUUUCUGCUGCCCACAGCCCUGCGUGAGGGCGAAUGCCAGUGGCCAGGCUGUGCCCGUGUGUAUUUUUCCUUCAUCAACACCUCCUUCCCAGCGUGUGGCUCCCUCAAACCCCGGGAGCUCUGCUUCCCCAAGACAGGCCUCUCCUUUCGAAUCCGGGAGAACAGGCCUCCUGGCACCUUUCACCAGUUUCGCCAGCUGCCCAUGCAGUUCCUUUGCCCCAACAUCAGCAUUACCUACAGGCUCUUGGGAGGUGAAAAUCUGCCCUUCCGCUGCGCCCCCGAUAGCCUAGAAGUGAGCACGCGGUGGGCCCUAGACCGCGAGCGCCGAGAGAAGUACGAGCUGGUGGCUGCCUGCACAGUGCACAUGGGUGCUCGUGAGGAGGAGGUGAUGGUGCCCUUCCCCGUGACUGUGUAUGACGAGGACGACUCUGCGCCCACCUUCCUUGGGGGUGUCGACUCCACUGGUGCCACCAGUGCCGUGGUGGAGUUCAAGCGGAAGAAGGGCACCGUGGUGGCCACAUUGCAUGUCUUCGAUGCAGAUGUGGUGCCAGCAUCCGGGGAGCUCCUGAGGCGGUACACAAGCACGCUGCUCCCCGGAGACGCCUGGGCCCUCCAGACCUUCCGUGUGGAGCACUCACCCAAUGAGACCUUGGUCAAAGUCAACGGCAGCUUCAUCCGGGCAACCGUGCAUGAGUACAGGCUGGUUCUUAACCGCAGCCUCCCCAUCUCGGAGAGCCAUGCCCUGCAGCUGGCUGUGCUGGUCAACGACUCCGACUUCCAGGGCCUGGGAGAGGGCACCCUCCUCCUCCACUUCAACGUGUCUGUGCUGCCGGUCAGCUUGCGCUUGCCCAGCGCCUACUCCUUCACUGUGAGCAGGCGGGCCCACCACUUUGCCCAGGUUGGGAAAGUCUCCGUGGAAAACUGCCAGCAGUUCACUGGCAUCCACGUGCAAUAUGACCUGCAGCUCUCCAGUGCCAACUGCAGCGCUCUGGGAGUGGUCACCUCGGCCGAGGACACCACAGGGAUCCUGUUCGUGAAUGACACCGAGGCCCUGCGGCGGCCUGAGUGUACCCAGCUCCAGUACGCAGUGGUGGCCACCGACCAGUCAACCCACAGGCAGGCCCAGGCACCACUGCUUGUCACCAUGGAGGGGACCUACAUGGCUGAGGAGCCAGGCUGCCCCUUGUCCUGUGCAGUCAGCAAGAGGCGGCCUGAGUGUGAGGAGUGCGGCGGCCUGGGCUCUCCAACGGGCAGGUGCGAGUGGAGACAGGGAGAUGGCAAAGGGAUCUCCAGGAACUUCUCCACCUGCUCCCCCAGCAUCAAGACCUGCCCUGACAGCCACUGUGAUGCUGUGGAGAGCAGCAAUCCCAACAUCUGCCCCCAGGACUGCCUCCGGGGCAGCAUCAUUGGUGGGCAUGAGCCAGGGGAGCGCUGGGGCAUUAAAGCUGGCUUUGGUACCUGCAACUGCUUCCCUGAGGAGAAAAAGUGCUUCUGUGAGCCUGAAGACAGCCAGGACCCGCUGUGCGACGAGCUGUGCCGCAUGGUGAUCGCGGCGGCCGUGCUCUUCUCCUUCAUCAUCUCCGUGCUGCUGUCCACCUUCUGCAUUCACCGCUACCACAAGAACGCGCACAAGCCGCCCAUCGCCUCGGCCGAGAUGACGUUCCGCCGGCCGGCCCAGGCCUUCCCGGUCAGCUACUCCUCGUCCAGUGCCCGCCGGCCCUCACUGGACUCCAUGGAAAACCAGGUCUCUGUGGACGCCUUCAAGAUCCCGGAGGAUCCAAAAUGGGAAUUCCCUCGGAAGAACCUGGUUCUUGGAAAAACUCUGGGAGAAGGCGAAUUUGGAAAAGUGGUUGAGGCAACAGCCUUCCGGCUGAAAGGCAAAGCGGGGUACACGACUGUGGCUGUGAAGAUGCUGAAAGAGAACGCCUCUCCAAAUGAGCUGCGGGACCUACUGUCAGAAUUCAACCUCCUGAAGCAGGUCAACCACCCCAAUGUCAUCAAGCUAUAUGGGGCCUGCAGCCAGGAUGGGCCACUUCUCCUCAUCGUGGAAUAUGCCAAGUACGGCUCCCUUCGGGGCUUCCUGCGAGAGAGCCGCAAGGCAGGGCCUGGCUACGUGGGCAGCAGGGGCAGCCGCAACUCCAGCUACCUGGACAACCCAGAUGAGCGGGCCCUGACCAUGGGUGACCUCAUCUCCUUCGCCUGGCAGAUCUCCCGGGGAAUGCGAUACCUGGCUGAGAUGAAGCUCGUCCAUCGGGACUUAGCAGCCAGAAACGUCCUAGUUGCCGAGGGGCGGAAGAUGAAGAUUUCGGAUUUUGGUCUGUCCCGGGAUGUAUAUGAAGAGGAUUCCUAUGUGAAGAGGAGCAAGGGUCGGAUUCCAGUCAAAUGGAUGGCAAUUGAGUCCCUUUUUGAUCAUAUCUACACCACCCAAAGUGAUGUGUGGUCCUUUGGUGUCUUGCUGUGGGAGAUUGUGACCUUGGGGGGCAACCCCUACCCUGGGAUUCCUCCUGAGCGGCUCUUCAACCUCCUGAAGACAGGCUACCGGAUGGAGAGGCCUGACAACUGCAGUGAGGAGAUGUACAGUCUGAUGCUGCAGUGCUGGAAGCAGGAGCCAGACAAGAGGCCAGUGUUUGCCGACAUCAGCAAAGACCUGGAGAAGAUGAUGGUUAAGAGAAGAGACUACUUGGAUCUGGCCGCGUCCACCCCAUCCGACUCCCUGCUUUAUGAUGAUGGCCUCUCAGAAGAGGAGAUGCCCUUGGUGGACUGUAAUAAUGCUCCCCUCCCUCGAACCCUCCCCUCCACGUGGAUUGAAAACAAACUCUAUGGCAUGUCAGACCCGAACUGGCCUGAAGAGAGUCCUGUACCACUCACGAGAGCCGAUGGCACUAACACUGGGUGUCCAAGAUAUGCAAAUGAUAGUGUAUAUGCUAACUGGAUGGUUUCACCCUCAGCGGCACAAUUAACGGACUCGUUUGAUAGUUAACAUUUCUUUGUGAAAGGUAAUGGACUCACAAGGAGAGGAAGCGUGCCAAGACCGUCCACUGGCCUCUCACUGUGCCCUUUCCACUGGCUGGUGGUUUUUCUCUCCCAGCAGAUGAUGCGCUCUGGAUGGGAGUUCCGAGUCCAGUGUUUAGGUCCUGCAUUCCUCUUCAGCCCUCGGUAGGGCCGUGCUGGUCUGUGUUCAUCAGGGAUCACCACACUCUGUGCUCACACAUUUGGGUCCCUCACUCACUACCUGAUCUGUUUAAUUUUUCUGGUUGCCACCAAACAAGGCAACAAGAUUUAGACUUGAAGCACACACUCCCCCCAACAAAGGCAGCAAGGCAGAAAACUGGCCCAAACGACCUGUCCUUGUUGAGAACAGGAGCCUGGCAAAGCCUAGUGGUGGUGUCAAAACCCUGCCAGGGUUCAGGUGGGAAAGGGAGCUUGGGACAGGCCUCGGCUCAGCAUUUGAGAUCCUGAGAAGUUUUUCUUUUGAUUAAAAGAAACCUUUUCUUAGGAAGCUAUUUGAUUUUUUUUAUCACGAUUAAAAUUACUCUUAGAUUUAGCACAAUGAAGAGAUUUGAUGCCAUAUUUGCUGUGUAGAUAGGCAGUGUUGGGGAAGAGAGCUCACAGACACAUUUGCCCCAUCACUGAGUGGUCACUACCCGUCAAGAACAGUAUGCAGGAGGGGCGUUGGAGUGCAGUGGCUUCCAAUCCAUGUGGUGCUGACAGCAGAGCUGUGGCUGCUGUGAACCCACCCCACCUUUAGUGCGCUGCCAGCACCAAAAAGCAGUGGCUCAUCUCAGGAGUGGGCGGAGCUGGUGCUCUGUAAAAGGGACUGUUCAGCUUAUGUUAGAAGUAGCACUGACCAAGGACUGCUGCACCCCGAUUACAGUUCUGAUGUGGAAAAGACCAUGUUCUGGCUCUUAUAGAGCUUGUGUGAAAAGUACAUGUGUCCACUCUUCCUGUUUGUAACAAUGCUGCUAUAGCAAGACAUUUUGUUUCUUAGAUUCUGACCACGACUCAUAAGCUUCUUGUCAUUCUUCUUUGCUUGUUUGUGGUCGGAGACACUGCACUCCUCCCAUCGUGGGGGAGGGAGUAGCCUUCAGAAAGUCCGGGUUGCCCUUCUGUUUGUCUCAGCACUGUAACUUCAGGGGAAGACUGGCUACCAAAACACAGCCUGGCCUUCAGAUGUAAAGCACUGUGAAAGGACUUAACUGCAGUUUUAUUACAAUACUGUCAUUUAUAGGCAUUUCAUAAAGGUAGUAAAAUUUAUGGCAUUUUUGUGGCCAAGAAGGCUUGGCUGAGUAUAUGAUGGAGCCUAGUGGUAUGUGUGUGUGUGUGUGUGUCUGUACACACACCAAGAGAAGAACUGGAAAAACAUUUACUGGAGAUGUAAUGGGGCUGAAG